GAAGAUGAGGGAUAUUUGUAAUAGGACUAUAAACAGAGUGAAAACUUCAACCGAAAGUCACAGCGAAAGUGGACAACAAUUCGAUUAGCAUAACAAAAGAUUUAGUAGUCGACCUUCUUAAAGUGUUUGCACGAAACGACCCCAGCAUUAUGGUCUAUUGUGACAGUCCAAUUUUUUAAUUCUGUUCGUCUGUUACGGAGCAUGCCGAGCCUAUUAAGUUUCACGCGACCUCUGCUCAGACAAUUUCUCGCUCUGUUGCUUACAAGAGGCAACCGCAGAAUGUAAACACGCUAUGGUUCAAGAGUGAAAUUUUCACAGAGGAAGUCGAAACCGCGAUAAGCACUGCGCUAAACCCAUUCAGCUCAAACGCACGUCAACGCUUGUCGGAAAUCGACCAACAUUUGACGAAGAGAGGGAAAAAACUGAGAAAGGCGCACGAGAGAUGAGUUAAUUAUUUAUGACAUCGUUCAGAGUAGAGUGUUGUCGAUUGAAGUAUGGAACUUGCUGAAAGGGUUUUCCGAGUUGUCGUCUGUAGUUUGUUAAUUUCUGGUUGUUUCGAAGGCAAGCUUGUUCAAAUCGGAGCCCUGAACACGGCUCUCAGCGAAAGUGCAAACAACGGAGGCGAGGCGAAACUAGGAACUGUACUUUUAAACGAAGAUAUCAAAGAAAGGAAGAUAUCAAAGAGAGACGUCGAAAAUAAUGAAAGUUUGAGCGUGCAAAAUAGUGUGGAUCCUACAGAAAUUGGACAGACAUUUAUCAUCACAUCGACACGUGCCCUCAAACAGACCAAACGAGCAAAUGUUUUAUCCGCUUCGCCAAGUAAGGUCAAGAUUGACACAUCACCAACGAGAAAAUAUGACGGAAAUUCGAGCGAGACUGUCGCUAUUAAUUCGCAAUACAGUACUCCUCACACAAUGGGAGCCAGCAUCGAUGGUGUAGUUACAACACGGGUCGUAAAAAGCUCAAUUCAUCCAACGUCUAUUGUUUCGUCCAAAAUUCUCGCUGCUCAAACUUUCAGCGAGUUACUUAGUCGCUCAGCGACAAUAAAUCCUGCAGAACUGACCACAAACCGACCCAAAACAAAAGAAACGACUCCAAAGGGAGAGAGCGAUGUAAAGAUGAAAAAAGAUCCGAACGAAAGAGAACAGAGAAAGACUCUCUUCGGAUUUGUGACGAUCGAGAUUCUCGUAGCGCUUCUCGCAGGAGCAGCUUGCGCUGUAGUUCUGCUCAUAUUUUUGGUAUAUCGAUUGAAAAAGCGAAACGAGGGAAGCUAUGAACUUCAGGAAUCGAUAAGCUUAAAGACAGCCGCACACACUGAAGAAAAAGAGGUUUUUGUAUAAAUUGGUUGAUGUGUUUACCUUUUGUUUCGACUUUAAGAUCGAUGCAGAUCUGUGACUUUAUUACAUCCCCCUUAAUUUAAUGGCUCUAAUAUGACUCGAGAGCAACAAUUUGAUUUCGAAUGGCCAGUCGUUGAAUUUCAAUAGAAAAAAUGUUCAGCUUAGAAGCGCCUUCGAAACUGAAAUCCUCUUGCUUGAGAUUUCGCUGACAGCGUGUGAGCAAAAAUUGAUUUUAUUCAGCAGGUGUUUUUACAAGCUUUCGACUCGCCAGCAAAAAUGCCAGAAAGUGGUAUAGAGGAAUCGAUUCAAUCUUUCGCUAAGAAACGAUAGCUUUAAUUUCUUAGCCUGUUCAAUAAAUAUGUUCUAAAAUGUAUGAAUACUUCUUAGAUAGAAUUGCAUUUAUUAUGCCUCAAAGAAAACUGUAGACAAAAGAAAUAGAAGUUUUAAUAUGGAAUAUGCAAAUAUUUGAACUAGAGAAUGGCAAUGGCGUAGAAGCCAUUUUGAAACCUAUUCACGUGGUGUGUAUUUUAAUAAGAUUUUAUCAGAUGAGAUGAGAAUUUUUUUCUCUAGAUUACAAAGGACUUUCUAUGCCGUUUAAGAAACUGAAAAAGCCUUUUGAAAAUUUCAUUUUCGAUGGCUAUUGUCUUUAUUAUAAUUGUUACUGUUUACAGAAUUACAUUACUAUUUUCAUGAGUAAUCUCUUGUUUUUGAAUGCAGCUGAAGCUGAAAAUGUCCGGUUUCAGCUGGAAGAACAUUAAACUCGUAUAUUAAUAAAAUAUAUAAUUCGUUAGCAGAAUUGCAAAAUAUAUGAUUUCGUCACGGAUUAUGACAACCUUAAGUCCUUGCUGAUAAAAAAUGCCCAAUUUGAUAAACAAGAGACGAAUUCUGGGAUUA